AUGGCUAGUUUUAAAAGGUUAAUAAUGUAUGUAUUAAAUAGAUAAUUAAAUAUGUAUGGAUUUGAGUUUUCAAGGACAUCAGAAGGUUUAAUGAAAUUUUAGCAUAAUCAAUUUGAUAGUAAAAAUAAUGAGGGACUUUAAAUGAAACAAAAUUCAACAAAAAAUUCAUUAACACCAGAUCAAGAAUUAUAUUUGUUAAAAUUACAAGUUAAAGAUAUUUAAAGAAAUCAACAAAUUAUGUAAAGUUAAAUAAGAUAAAUCAUUGAUAGAUAAUAAGAGAUUCAAAAAAAUAUUAAGAAGGCUAUGCUUGUAUUUUUCAUUUAUUAUGAUAGGAUUAUGUAAGAAUAAGAGUUAAUGGAUAAACUAAAGGAAAAAAAGUAGGGAAAUUUGUAUGGAAAUUCCAUCUUAAUAUUACAAAUAAGAAAUACAGUAUAUAUAUAUUGUAUCUUAAAAAUAGAAAGGUUCUUAUAUUAGAAAUGGAAAGAAGCUAAUUCUUUUUAAGAAUGUCCUUGUAUUGGAGAUAUAUCUUAAUAAACCUUUAAAUAAUAAUUCUAUACCUACCCAUUAAUAAAUAACUCAAUAUUUGAUAUCAAAAUCCCAAAUUUAAAUUUAAGAAGUCCUGAAAUUUUAGAACUCUGUGACACAUAAGAUUAAAAUGAGAGUAGUGAUUUGGAUUUAAUGGAAGUUUAAAGUGUUAGUAAUAUAAGUAAUUAUCUUAAUUUGUGA